UUUAACAGUCCAUCAUUGAGUCUGGUUUGCUAUAAGUGUCCAGAUUAAACCAAAAACCAAAAGAAAGCUUGAACUCGUCAUGGAAAUUAAAUUCGGUCUGUUGAUGCUGUUUGCUAUCUUCACUUUGUCCAAGGCUCAGGACAAAGGAGAUUCAGUAGCACCAUGCUUGAUGGACAAAAGAUACAAGAGCUUCCACAAGUAUGAAUACCACUAUGAAACCGAGUCCUUGAAUGCUUUAAAUGGGGCAAAUAACGGCGCCAGGGUCAGCUGCAAGGUUGAGAUUAAGGUUCCAGGUCCAUGCAGCUACAUCAUGCACACUACCGAGUGUACACUGCGUGAAGUGAAUGAUGUUAAUGCAGAUGGAAAGCCUGUGUUUGAACCGGCCGCUGGAACUGAAAACUUUAAAGCUGCGAUGGAGAAGCAUCAUCUGAAGUUCACAGUUGAGGGUGACAACAACAUAAAACUCUUUCCUGAGGAAGAUGAACUCAUUAACAUUCUGAACAUCAAGAGAGGAAUCAUAUCUGCUCUUGCUGUUCCUCUACUGGAAGAGGAGAAGAACAAAGACAUGCCCACCAUCUAUGGUCUGUGCCCAACUGACUACACUGUAAACACCAGAGGAAACAUCACCCUGAACAGAGACCUGUCCCAAUGUGACAAAUUCAAACCAGUUAAGGAUCACACCAGUCCCCUGGCCAUCAUUACUGGCAUGCACCAUCAUCUUGCUCAGCUGAUCAGGAGCACGCAGACCUGCAACUACAUCUUUGACAAUGAGAAGCACCAUAUGACCUCUGGCGUUUGCACUGACAAGCAUCUUCUUGAGCCUUUCUCUCACAAAGAAGUCGGAGUGACCAAUAUCGGGAAACAGGCCGUAACGCUUUUGGGAGUUACUAAGUACAAUGACAGAGUCUUUAACUACAACGUGGCCAACGUGAAACCCCUACAUCCCGACAGCAGUGUUGACAUGAGUCCAGUUCAGGAUAAAGAUGCCGUUGUUGCUGUUGUAAGUGAACUCGCUCAGCUUUCCAAGUCCAGUGACGGACACAAGAGAGCUCACUUGGCCCACAAGCUCAUAGCCGUGAUCCGGCGGAUGAAUGCUGAAACUCUGACUGCUGCUGUUCCUGAAGCCCUGAAGAUCUCGCAGUCUUUGACUUACCAGGCGCUACUCCAGUGCGGUUCACCAGAAUGCAACAGGGCUAUCAUGCAGGUUUUCAAGAGUUGGGACAGGUCUUCGUUUGAGGUUGACGCUGCUUUAUAUGGCAUGGGAUUGAUGCCCCGUCCCUCUCGCGUGCUUGUGGGGGAAAUGUUGGAGAUGGCAAAGCUCAAGCCAAGCAAACCCAUUUACUAUGCCGUUAGCAAUGCUGUAAGAAGGCUGUACGAUACCGAGGGAGUCACCGGUGAGAUCCAGUCAGUUGCCGCUCACAACCUUGAACGGAUCGGUGAUUGUACCGGCGACCAGGAAAACAUCUUUCUGUCCCUGAAGGUCAUUGGCAACAUGGCGGAUGCUAUGAAAGCUGCAAGCUCGGCUUUGAUGUCUGCUGUUAUUCAAUGCAUCAACCAGCCGAUUGCAUCUCCCCCCGUCCAGCGAGCUGCGGUGCAGGUUUUCCGACAGAUUCCCGUACCAGUGGAGGGCAGGGAGGUGCUCAUGGAUGUUGUUCUGGAUGGAUCUGCAGCCAUACAGAAGCGUGUUGCUGCCUAUCUCAUCCUGAUGAAGGAUCCCAGGUCUGCUGAGCUUGCACGGUUGGCAUCGGCACUCCACACCGAAGGAAAUCUUCAAGCCAAAAGCUUUAUCAUCUCACAUAUAAGCAACAUCCUGAGCUCAACAGUGCCAGAGACCCUGAAAUUGAGGCAGAAGAUUCUGGAUGCCUUUCAGGGCAAUGAUGUUGAGACACUAAUGGAUCCAAGUAAAUUCUCUCGCUUCUAUCAGAUGGGCUCACUGGAGGGAAACAUGAUCUUUGAGUCUCCAGAAGAAAUGCCCAGAGAAGUCAUGUUGGAUAUGACCUUAAAUGCUUUUGGAUUUGAUAUGGACUUGGUUGAGAUUGGCAUGGAAGGUAAAGGGUUCGAGCCCCUUGUUGAGUCCCUGUUUGGUGUCAAUGGAUUUUUCCCAGACACAGCGAUGAAGACGAUUUUCUAUGCUGCUGACAAGAUGCCCAUACAGGUCAAUGAUAUUUUGAAUAACAUAAUCCCAGGCUUGAGAAAUGACAGGAAGAAGAGACAGGCAACUCAAAGUAUACUCCGAGAAAUCAGUCAAAAUGUCAACAAGCUCAUUGAAAACCUGAAGGCUCAAGAUUCUCCUGAAGCUCUGGUGUACCUCAGACUUCUAGGUGCUGAACUUGGCUAUCUUCAAACAAAGGAUAUGGAGGUGAUGGCUUGCACAGCUGGCAAGAUCAUUAAGAAUCUUCCCAAGAUGCUUCCCAAUGAUUUCCUCAGACGUUUGUUCUCAAGUGUGGACAAUGACUUUUUCCUUCACUACAUCUUCAUGGAUAAUGAGUUCUACCUGCCCACCGGUUCUGGAUUUCCACUGAGAGUUGCUCUGUCUGGUGUUUUUAGUGCAGGGAUCACAGGAGGACUGAACUUUGAUUCACACACAGGUGAAUUUGCCUUCAUGCCAUCUGCCGGCAUCGAGCUUGUGACUGAAUUUGGCGCUCACUUUCCUGACUAUGUUAAUUCCGGUCUGGAGAUGCACACUACCAUCUACCACGAGAGUGGCGUCAGAGCAAAGUUCUCGAUGAGGAACUAUCAGGUCAAGAUCACUGUUCCUGUUCCUCAAGACCCAACUAAGAUCAUCAGCAUCACUAAUUCGCUUUUGUCUGUUGUUGGUGGCAAAUCUAAAACAAUUCCCGCCAUUGGGAAGCGUAUUGAUGAAGAACAAUGCAGUGUUUUCUUCCCUGGACUGAAGUAUUGUAAAUCCCUGCAGUAUUAUGACGCCAUAUCAAAUGAUGAAUCUCCACAUUAUACUCUUAACGGUGACAGCAAAUUUGAUAUCGAGCUGCAGGCCACCGGAGAGGUCACAGGGUACACGGCCACCAUCACCUAUGACAGCGUGGAUGAAACGGACACGGUCACAGUUGGCAUAAAGGCUGACGGAACAUCUUUUGAGGGCACAGCGACACUAAAGCUCAACAGACAGAUGUACAUGGCCUCCGCUGAGUUUCUCAUCCCAACUCUUCAUGUUGAAUCUAAAGUCACAGCAAAUAUGAAGCUUGAUGAAGAGUUGACAGUGGAGUUUGAAUGUAACCUGAAACUCCCAGCAACAACUUCUAUUCAAAAACUCACUCUGAAAUAUGAUGGUAAGAAAAUUGAAGGCGAUGUCAAGUCUAAUGUCAGUUGUGAGAUUCAGAGCAUCAUUUCCAGUCCUAUUGAAGCCAUGGUCAACAGUCUUCUUGAUGACCAGAUUACCCAGAAUCAAAUAAACAUCCAUGGUAUCCUGGUAAAAUCAGUUGAGGAAUUGGGAGUUCCUUUCCUGGAUGAGAUCAGCUUUCCUGAAAGACUGUUCUUUAAUGUAGAGGGUGGUGCGAAAUAUACCUUUGGAGAGCAUUACAAAACCAUGACUUUACUUUUGCCCUGGGCUGGAGAAUUAGCAACAGAGGCGAUCAUUCCAGAAAGUGUUUCACUGCAUGUGCCGACUCUCGGAACUGCAGAGGUGUCCGGAAAACUAGACAGCAACUUCUACAACCUGGAAGCGGAUGCGUUUGUUGGGAGAAAUCCUGUUGAGCACACAAGUUAUUCUGCUAAAGCUCAAGUCACUGGAACAAGUCCUGUUGACCUCCUCUCUCUAAAGGUUGAAGGAUCUGCAAUGAUCGAGAGGAAACAUGGUGAUUCUGUCGAUGCUUAUUUAAAGACAACAGUUACCCACCAGCUUAUGAAUGUCCGUGCCAGUGUUGUGGAGGAACUUAAGUUUAGUGAAAAGACAAGUCUCAAAUCCAGUAGCAAACUUGAAGUGACUAGUCCUAUAGGAGUGCAGAUUUCUUUGAAGCAUAUUGGACAGGUUGGAGUUGAUGCAGAAAAGGUCUCUGGAAAUGUAAACCUGGAGGGAUCCUUCAAGGCUGGUCAAAAACACGGUUCUGCAAUCCUUACUCAGUCUGUUUCACUCCUCCUAGUCAGGCCAGAAGCAAAGAUUGAUACAUCACUGAAAACAAAUUCAACACUUUACGCUCAAAACACCAUUAAUGCAGCUUUCACCAAUGGAGAAUUGUCAAUUUGGUCCAAAACAGCAUUAUAUAAAGACUAUCUAUCCAACAUUGCAGAGCUUACCUUCAAAGAAUCCCAGAUUGCUCUAAAAUCAGAUACCAAAUCAUCGGCUUUCGGUUUGAAGAUCCAAAACACAGCUGAAGCUCAAGUUGGUAUGGACGCAGCCAGGGUUAAGAUUGAGACCUCCGCUGACCUCUCUGCAGAACGGGUCCAUUCCCUGAUUACAGGAGCACUGGAUGCCAAUGGUCUGAUGGUUAACAGUGAUGCUUCUGCUAGACUAACUGGACUUGCAGCGUCCCACAAAGCCAAUCUGACCAUCAACAAUGAUGGCCUAUCCUCCGGAGGUACAACGUCACUGAUAAGCCUUCUGACUCUAGAUGAGGUGCAGCACACGUUUGACAUCAGCUACAAAAAUCUGACUGGCACUGCCAUGUGCAAGACCACCGGAGGUAUAAUGGGAAUGCAGAUAAGACACGACACAGAACUUGAGAUUGCUGGACAUGUUGGUAGAUUCAAAAAUCUGAUCAAUUUGUUGUCUGAGAGUUUCCGAUUUGACACCACUAUUAAUGGUACAGGUUCUCUGUUCAAAUUCAACGUUGAUGCCGAAGCGCAGUGUUACAUCGAUGUGUACGGAAUGCAGAAUUCCCAGAUUCAAACAAAAGCUCAUCUAAAAGCAGAGCCGUUUGUUUUCGCUCAUUCUCAUGAGUGCAAAGUCUCAUCCACCCAUGACCUAGACAGAGUUUUCAUCCGAACAAAACUGGAGAACAAGUUCGACACUGUCUUAAACCUGACUGAACAGAAGUCCAUCCUGACUGUUAAGUGUGAAGUCAACGACUAUGCCUUAAAUCAAGAAAUAAGUGCUUUCAAUAAUCCAGAGAGGCUUGGACUGGAAGGGUCUGGAAGCAUUGCUGCUAAUAAUGAGAACGUUUCCAUCUCUGGUUUCUUAAAGUAUGACAAAAAAAGUGACAGCGAUGUAACUAACCUGCCGAUUUUUUCAAGUUGGUCAAAAGCUCUUGAUGACAUCAGGAUGAACCUUCUGAUAACAUUUGAGGCACUGAAAAACUUCCUUAACAGUGAGAAUAUUGCUUCCAAAAUUGAGACCUUACCCCAGCAAGUAAGCAACAUAGUGUCUGAACUGAAUUUUGAAAGAAGACUAGUCCAGCUCAAAAGUUACUUGGUAGCUUUAAUCCAGAAUAUGCCUGAAUCUGUAUUAACACUGGAAGAUAUGGAGGACUCUUUGAAAAACCUCAGAGAUGCAUUUGAGAAACUAGUGACUAAAAUGGCUUACAGUUUCAUGGAGGAAUUAGAAACGUUUAAUGAAUUGGUGCAGGGAACCAUCUUGAAUAAUAUUGUAGACAAGUUAAUACAUGAGUGGAAUGCAAUCAAUAGGCAAUAUGGCAUUAGCGCUAUAAUAUUUACUGUUGUUAAGAACGUGAAACAUUGUUUGUCUGUUCACACUGUCAAACAGCUAUUCGGUGAACUGGACGUACCGUUAUUUAGAAACGUAAAUGCUGUUUAUGGCAACAUGAGAGCUCUUAUUUUGAAAUCUGAGGUUGAUAAAAUGAUAGUAACAGUUUUGGAUGAGAUGGUGGAGCACAUAAAGCAAUGCAAGAAUGAUAAAACACUUCAACGUUUGGCCCACAUUUUAAAAUCCAUUCAGAUCCAGACCACAGAGUUCUUGGAUGAGGCCAUGACUUAUCUGAGAACGAAUGAUGUUAGACAGGCCGGUAAGCACCAGAAUGAGAGCUCUACUCCUGCAAUCCCUACGUUCAACCAUUUUCCUCAGACUCCUGAAAUUGGUUUGUCUUUUGGGAAGCUCUACAGUGAGGUCAACGUCCACAGCCCUGUCUACAGUGUCCGAACCUCUGCAGACGUUCAGGACGUCUCUGAGCGACACCCUAAUUUCACUGCUUCUGUUACAUCUCAAGGAACAUCUCCAUAUGAUUUCAGUUUAAAUUAUAAUCUAGACUUUAAAGCACAGUUCUCCAUCCCUGAACAGAGCCAAUUAAGACUGUCUGAAGCUCUCAAGAUAACAGGCUUUGUGAUAUUUGACCAGCAAGCAACACUGGGUGUUAAUACAUUCGCUUCUGAAGAUUCCCCAAAGCAGAUUACCAAAGCCAGCACAUCUGACUUUGACGCUGCUCACAUCAAUUUAGGGAAUGAAAGAUUUGUAUCAUUCGAAACAUCUUACAACCACCGGAUGAGCAUCGCUGCUUUCCUUCUAGCCAAUGAAAUUACCCUUAAUCAAAAAGGUGUCUCCUAUCAGAAGGCAUCUACUUUCAGUCUGAAACUUAAAAAUGAGGGUACGGGCAAGUUUGCUCUUCUUAGUUUCUCUGAUGAAGGCACCCAUAAAAGUAAGCUGAACUUUAACAUAAACCUCAACACUGCCAAGCUCGCAUUCACCGGUCACACUGAAAGCGACAUGAUGAAGAUGAAAAUGGCAGCCAAUGCUGAGGGGGAUGCUCAAAGCCACUUUGAGUUUGACGCUCGACUUGAAACAGAGUCUCCAUUUGUCAAGAACAGCUUGGCGGUUGCUUCUGGAAAGGUUGUACUGACUGAUAUGAAUGUAGAAAUAAGAGCAUCUCAUGACACAGAGCUUGAUGUCGGCGGUUCCCUCAAUAAUGAGGUUACCAUUGUGAUUUCUCCCCGUGAUGUUUUAAUCAAGUUUCAGAACGAGGGUAAAUCACCAGAAGCUAAACUCCAGAAUGACUUUUCAGUUGUCCUCAACCCUGGCAUACAUCAAAUCAAUAGUGUGGCCCUCGUCUGUUUCGAGCAAUACUAUUACAGCCAUAACUUCACAGUCAUGAAUAUCAAGGAAGAGGCAGGCGUUUACACAGCCAUGGGUGGGUUGUACAGCCCCAAGUAUUUAUUUGGUAACGCGUUGGAGGUACCAUUCACUGAAUUUAGGUUUCCUGCAUUAAAAGACCUGAUCUUCUUCGAACAGACUGCCUUAUGGGACGACUUCGCCAGCACAGACCAGCCUAUCAAUUUCGAUGCCAAACUCGUACUUGAGAAGUACAAGUUUGCUCCGAGUAUUCCUUCUGGCUUAAUUUUCUCCGAAAUAUCUUUCAAGUCGUCUGUUCUUAGCCUAAAUGCUUAUGCUGAUUAUUAUAAAAAGGAAAAGUAUUUGAUGCAUGUUAAUGCCACAACUUCCUCCAAAUUUGAAGAACUAAAUGCCAAGCUUGAUGGAACGACUAGCGUGAAUACAAGAGUUGGUCUGAACGUCUCCACAUUUCUGUCUUUGGACAAUGUCCACAUCGGAGGUUCUCAUGAUGGUUCUCUAACUCUGGACAAAGACAACUAUGAGGCCGUAAUGUCUGUGGACACAGUUGCCAAAAUUAAUAUGCCAACCUUCAGUGUUAACGCCACUCAUCAGCUUUGUGCGGACACCAAAUCUCAUCCGAAAUCCACAUCCGACUUGAAGAUCAAGUACAAUUUUGAUAGUCCAGACUCGCACGGUAUUGGACAAGGAGAUGCUGAGAAUCAUUUCAAGCUGGAGGUCGCUCCUUCCUUCAUCUCCAUUGAGUCUUUCUCAAAAGGAACCAAUAAUAGGACUAUAUCUAAUAAUGUCAUGGUUCAGGGAUCUUUGGCUAAUGAAGCGUUUAUCUCUGUGAAAACUGACGGCCUCCAAUCCACUCUAAAGACCACAGGGAACGACAUAUUUGGUGGUGAUUAUUUCAAACUGAGAUAUGACUUUAAUGACACGCUGAGCAUUAGAGGUGAUCUUGGCCGUGUUUAUUCUGUAUUAGAAAUUGAUUCAAAGUACGAACUUACAGAUAAUGUAACAACCAUCCUUAAGAUAAAUCAUACAGCUCUGGGUAAAUCAGACAUUGUUCCUCUAAGCUCCCUCGUGGCUGCUGUAGAAAUUAUUACAUCUAGUCAAAACUACGAAGAUAUUGUGAGAGAUUCAGAGACCGGUUGGAAGGAUCGUAUAUUUCAACACAAAUCAAAGACUGACUCCCAUUGGUACAAUUCAAGUUUAGCAUUAUUUUUAGAGUAUUUCGGUGAAAUGCCUGAGGUAGCAUUUGUUUUUGAAGGAUCUUAUAAUCUUACAUCUCCAUCUGCAUUGCUGGAUUAUGAGUUUGACCUACACGGUUCAAUAUCGUAACUGGAAAACUUCAAAAGCCGUAGAUGAAGUUUGUGAUCAAAAUCAUGAAUUAUUACUUGCCUCAUUCUAAGCAAAUCGUUGUGGGGCAUUUUUCAUGAACAUACAAUUUCAGUUUUUAUUGUACCUUAAUUCAUAUUGCAUCAUCAACUUAUAUUUUUACAUUGUUUAGAUGAAACCUCUACAACGUCAGUCCCAGAGUCACUUCAGAAACCAGACAUGCAAAUGUUUUUUUUUUUUUUUUUUUUGUAAACAGCCUUAACAAUUUUAAAGUCUUGCAGUCAAUGUUACAGUAAAUGGAUAUGAGAAAAGCACCAAUUAUAUAACCUAGCAUGCUACUGCAUUUAAAGGUCAUGCAAAAUAAAAAGAAUUGACUUUUCUUACAAAAAACAUUUAAAUGUUGGCUAUAUAUCUGCAAUAAAAUGGUCACUGAGAGAA